CUUUCUCCACCCAACACCCUCUCGCUUCUUCAACCUCAUUUACUUCAAAGUCCUCUUUAUGUCCCGGAUAAUGGCUUCUUUAAUAUUUCUGCUUUUGACUUCUCUUGCUGUGGUCUGCCCUGUUCAUGCAUACGGCGGAGGAGGAUGGACUAAUGCCCACGCCACCUUCUAUGGUGGGGGUGAUGCCUCCGGCACAAUGGGUGGGGCUUGUGGUUAUGGCAACCUGUAUAGCCAGGGGUACGGUACAAACACUGCAGCUUUGAGCACUGCUCUCUUCAACAAUGGUCUGAGCUGCGGGUCUUGCUAUGAGAUUAGGUGCGUUAACGACCCAAAAUGGUGCUUGCCAGGCUCCGUUGUGGUCACCGCCACCAAUUUCUGCCCACCAAACAAUGCUCUGCCAAAUAAUGCUGGUGGCUGGUGCAAUCCUCCUCUCCAACAUUUUGACCUCUCCCAGCCUGUUUUCCAACACAUUGCUCAGUACAGGGCAGGGAUUGUUCCUGUAUCUUACCGAAGGGUACCCUGCAGGAGAAGGGGAGGAAUCAGAUUCACCAUCAACGGCCACUCAUACUUCAACCUGGUACUAAUCACAAACGUGGGUGGUGCUGGAGAUGUGCAUGCGGUGGCCAUCAAAGGGUCAAGGACAGGGUGGCAAGCUAUGUCAAGGAACUGGGGCCAGAACUGGCAGAGCAACAGCUACCUCAAUGGCCAAGCCCUCUCCUUUAAGGUCACAACCAGUGAUGGCCGCAGCGUGGUCUCCUACAAUGUUGCCCCAUCUGGCUGGUCCUUCGGCCAAACUUUCACCGGCGCCCAAUUCCGCUGAGAUUCAGACACUAUCAAUUGUAGUACUAAGCAAGGUUGUAGUAGGGUAUUUAGGUAUAUACAAAGUAUGAGAAGAGAGAGAGAGAGAGAGAGAGAGAGAGAGAGAGAGUAUAUUAUUGCAUCAUAUUUGGGCCUCUAUUGGGUCAGAAUGAUAUGGGCUAUAAUUUUACAUGAGGCUCUUGUAUCAUUUUGGGCUCAUCCAAACAUUAUAAGGGUAUCUUUAUUUGUGGGGGUCCCUUGUUAUUGGUCAUGGGGUCUUUUUCCUUUUUUUUGUUUAAAUAUUUUUCUUCUGUAGUAACAGAAGAGGGCAGAGGUGGUCAUUUACCUACCACCCGCCACCGAUAUAAUAGGGGGUUUGGAUGCUUAUGUUUUUUAUGUUCUCCUUUUUGGAAUUUUGGAAGGGAACAAUUUAUUUUAGGUUGUAAGGUGAUUGUAAUCCAGCUUUGGCCUAGUAUUCCACUUUCCUAAUAUAUAUGCCUAAAUUUUACCUA